UCUUUUGGACACAGCGGAUCACCGAUCCACGGAAAGAGCCAAAGAUGUCAGCUCGGUCAUGUGAUUAGCUGUGUCCAAUCACAGCUGAUCACAUGGGACAUGUACACUGAUCAUCAGGGCACUGAUGAUCAGUGUGCCCUGAUGAUCAGUGUGGCCCCAGAAGUGCCACCUGUCAGUGCUGAACAUUGCCACGUGCCAGUGCCCAUCAUUGCCACAUCAAUGCCAGAUAUCAGUGCCUACCAGUGCACAUCAAUGCCACAUAUCAGUGCCCAUCUGAGCUGCCCUUCAGUGUCACCCAUUAAUGCCAGUCAGUGCCACCUAUCAUGCCAAUCAGUGCCACCUAUCAGUGCUGCCAAUCAGUGCUGCCUAUCAGUGCCAGUCAGU